GAGUGGGCAGGGCUCUAGGUAUGUGAGAACAACAGCACGCCGGGCCAGUGGGACGGACAGGGGGAGUGAGACGAAAGAAAGGAGGGGAGGCAGAGGAGAGUGUGUGGUUAAGUGCUUGUAAGUGUGCGUGUGUGAAAUCAGACAGAGACAGUGUCCAAGUGCUAGACAGUGAGCCGGGGAGAGAGAUGCUCGGAGAGGAUGAGGAGUAACAGGGCGAGGCAGCAGCGAGAGCCUCUGAGUGUGUGUGUGUGUGUGUUUGAGGAAUAGUGUGUGAACAGAGGGAUGCAGUCAUGUCUCUGUGAGAGGGAGCAGCACAGCAACGGUAACCAUGCUGAGCCCCAAGAUAAAACAGGCACGCCGGGCACGGUCCAAGAGCAUGGUGCUCGGAGAGUUGUCUCGGGUCUCCAGGCCCUGCUCUCCUCUGGAUCAGGAGAAAGCACUGAAGGCAGGCUGGCUGAAGAGACAGCGGAGUAUCAUGAAAAACUGGCAGCUGCGAUGGUUUGUCCUGAGGACCGAAGCUCUGUAUUUCUACAAGGACCAGGAUGAAACUAAGGCACAGGGUUGUAUUCCUCUUCAGGGCAGUCAGGUCAAUGAGCUGCCUGCCAAUCAGGAUGAGCCUGGUCGUCACCCGUUUGAAAUCGUUCCAGGGGGAGCUGGAGAAAAGGAUCGAACAGGCAUAAGCCACGAAUCAUUCCUGCUGAUGGCCAACUCUCAGAGUGACAUGGAGGAGUGGGUCAGAGCUAUACGUAGAGUCAUAUGGGCUCCGCUUGGAGGAGGUGUCUUUGGGCAGCACCUAGAGGAGACAAUGUUAUACGAGGCCCAGUGUGGCCAUCAGCGGCUGGUCCCUGUGUUGGUCGAACAGUGCGUGUGUUUCAUACGCGAACAUGGGCUCCAAGAGGAGGGUCUUUUCAGGGCCCCUGGACAGACCAAUCAUGUUCGAGAGCUGCAGGAUGCAUUUGACCGUGGCGAGAAGCCAGUAUUUGACAGUACCACAGAUGUCCACACAGUGGCAUCGCUACUAAAGCUGUACAUACGGGAGCUGCCGGAGCCUAUAAUCCCAUUCUCCAAAUACACACAGUUUCUCUCCUGUGCUCCACUUCUUACCAAGGACAAAGCAAUGGGUAUUGUAGAGCUUGGCAAACAGGUGAAAUCCCUUCCUCAGGUCAACUACAACCUCCUCACAUACAUCUGCAAGUUUCUGGAUGAGGUUCAAUCUCACUCCAAUGAGAAUAAGAUGAGUGUUCAGAAUCUGGCUACUGUGUUUGGACCCAAUAUCCUUCGACCCAGAGUUGAGGAUCCAGUAACCAUGAUGGAGGGAAGUUCACAGGUGCAGCACCUCAUGACUGUGCUGAUCAGUGAGCACGCCCGACUUUACCAACGGGAGGAGCCAGAAACUGAGGCCAAUAUUCCUCCUCCGCAGCAGCUGAGCCCUAUUCAGCGGUGCAAAGUGGAAUGGGUCUCACAGGAAGACACUGACACCCCACCUUCCUCAGGUACAGGCUCCAAAACCCCCAAAGAAGAGCCCCAACCUUCCACCCCUUCUUCCGACAGUAAGCUGAUUGCACCAAGCCCUGUUACACCCUCGGAGAAAGUUGAGGAUGGUCAGAUUGAAGGGAAGGGCAAAGGUCAGUCAGAAGUGGAUGGAAAAGCAGAUAGCAAAACUGAAGGGAAAGGUGGAAGUGAAGUAGCUGUUAGCCCCAGUAAACAGUCUAAAGCCCUGCCCUCCUGGAGGUGCUCCUUCAAAGGCAGUACAGCAUCUGGGGGGCCCAGGGGAAAAAUAGGGGGGUCGGCAGGUGAUGUGUCGGCAACUGGUGGAAGUAACUGGUUGAUGAACGGCUUGUCGUCCCUCCGAGUUCACAGGCGUACAACCUCAUCUGGUGAAAGACUUAAAGACUCUAAUCUAAAGGAUUCAACCCUUUCCCUUAAAGAGACCACUCUUAAGGACACACAGAGAGACUCUGAUGACGACUCCUCUCAAAUGCCUCUGUCUCAUAGAGCCCUCCUCCAAUCCCACAGACUGUCUGCCUAUGACAAUGUUGCCCCAUCUAGUCUAAGCCUGCCUGCUGACACCUCCUCCAUCUGGACGUCCUUUGAGAUCUCGCUGGCAGAGCCAGAGGGAACCGACAAGGCAGUAAAAUUAGAGCAGGGUCAAGAGAAACCCACAGAGGCCAGGGACAGUACAAGUACUCUGGAUCAAAGUGCAAGCGGUGCUGAGGAUGAUCUCACAGGAACAAAUGAAGGUCUCUCCAACAUGCUGACUGAGCUCAAGCAGGAGCUGAAGAAGCAGAGGAUGAGCUACGAAACCUGCAUUCGCAAGUUGGAGGAAUCCUGUUCUAAGUACCAGUUCCAGGUAAACCGCCUUGAGGAGGAGCUGGACCAGGAGAAGAAGAAGUUCCACAUGCUGGAGAUCCGACUCAGGAACUCGGAGCGGGCGCAUCAAGACGCAGAGAACCGAAACGUUCUCCUCCAGAAAGAGAUGGAGGAGUUCUUCAAAACCCUCGGAGAUCUGACCACAGGAGGAACACAGACCAACUAGACCAGACCAACCUGC